CAUGCACAGGGUUUAGCAGAGCACACUCACUUUUUGAGGACAGAGAGGGGUAAGAGGCACAAGGCUCCUCCCUGAGAGUUUGUGAAAACAUUCCAGCAAAGUGAGAGCAGUCAAAGAAUUGGAAACUCUCUGUGCGGCCUCUUACUCUCUCUCUCUCUUUAUCCUUCUCACCUUUUUGCAUAGGUAAGUACACUGUACGCAAGUGUUUAUAGGUCGUGUGAAGCUCUAAAAAAGGACAUCAGCUUGUUCUGCAGGAAAACACAUCAAGGAGGUAAACCUGAAGAAUUCCUUAAAAGCUGGACAAAAGAAACUCAACUGUCCCAUUGAUCGGCUCACAAUGAAGCCGGUGUUGGUCCUCCUGGUUUCAAUGGCCUGGACAUUCACUGGAGCCCAGCACUACUACCAGGGGCUGAUGGAUUAUCUGGAGAACAGAUUGUUGGCAAUUGAGGAUCGCAUGCAGUUGUGGCACGAACAGUCUCAUCGCUACCAUACAGAGCUGCUGGAUUUCAAAAAGCUCACUGCUGAGACCAUGGACGGGUUGAGACAGGAGCACAGCAUGCUGUUCAAAGACCUGGAAGGAGCUGGAGUCCGAGUGGACCGAAUGGAGCGAGAGAUGGACUACGUGGAGAGCCAGACUUCCCCUCGGGCCUGUGUUAAUAAGGCAGACAAGGUUGUGGAGCAGGGAGCCUGGGCUCUGGAGGAGAGCCGAGGAGAGGAAGAGGAGGAAGACGACUGGGAGGAGCUGCACUCAAGAGUCUCUGACUGUGUGGAAAUCAUCUCCAGCAUCAGAUCAGUGAAGAUCCUGAAGAGAGUGGGCAGUCCAAAGGGCAUGUGGACCAGAGACCCCAAGUCGUCCAAGGUUUACGUCUUUAACGGGACGGCAGGAGACAGUUUCUACCAGUUCGACUCUGUGAGGGAGUUUUCCCGCUCUCCUGGAGUCAACAACAGCAGACGGAUCACGCUUCCUUCUGAGUGGACGGGUCCCGGAAGCGCUGUUUAUAACGGGUAUUUGUACUUUAUACAGCAAGAGGCUGACAGAGACGUGCAGGUGGUCAAAUAUGACCUGCUGAGUGAGUUGGUGACAGACUCUGCCAUGUUCCCUUUGGAGGGCCGCGCCAGUGUUUACAACCUCAACCCAGAGACCAUUGCGGACCUCACAGCAGACGACGAGGGCCUCUGGCUUCUGUAUGCCAGCAGUGACAGCGAACCAAACAUCAGCCUCGCAAAGAUGGACCCUGCCACGCUCGAUAUAGAACAAAUCUGGGACACCCGGUGCCCACGGGAGAACGCAGAGGCGGCUUUCAUAGUGUGUGGAACUGUCUAUGUCGUUUACAACACCCGCCUGGCAAGCCGCUCCCGGGUUCAGUGCGUGUUUGACGUCAACGACAUGGUGAUCAGCGAGGAGGCUCCGCUGCUCUACUUCCCCCGGAGGUACGGAGCCCACACUAGUCUGAAAUACAAUCCGGAGGAAAAACAGCUCUACGGCUGGGACGACGGCUACCAAAUCAUUUACAGACUGACCAUGAAGAGGAAACUCCUGGUCUGACAGCGGG